AGAAUUAUGAACUUUUAAUGUAUCACAUAAAUUAUAGAAUUGAUUCUGAUGCCAUGCGUCAUACAUAUUGAAUGUUCUUUCACUCUAUUUUAGGCCCUGCAACAUUUUAGCAAAAGUAUUCCUAAUGGCUCGACAGUUUUAUGUAAACCAAACACAAUAUGUCACAAUCAGAUUAUUACAGAGCAACAGCCUGGAGGUCAAUGUUCCCAGGUCAGAGAGUGUGGAGAGGGAGUGCCAGGUGUUCAUUUCUUCAAAACUACUCCAGUUGAUAAUUUGUGCAUGACCGAUUUAGCUAUCAAGACAGAAAAUCCUGACACGCUUGACUUUUGUGUUUCUGCGGGAUCCGGUUUGCAACAAAAUCACAUGAAAGUAGAAGUGAAAAAUGUAUCAAGUUUUGGGCCAUGUCAGAAACUACAUUGUUUAAAUGGUGGUAGUUGUUUAGCAGUUCAACUAACAGACGCUGUUUGUAAAUGUCAGCCCGGAUACACUGGGACAGUUUGCGAGACAGAUGUAGACGAGUGCACAUCUAACCCUUGUAAAAACGAAGCAACUUGUUUAGAUAGAGUGAAUAGUUAUCAAUGUCAGUGUAACUCUGGUUUCAUUGGAACUAACUGUGAUGUUAUGUCAACAACGACGACAGAAACAAGGAAAAUACCUACAACAAUUAAAGUGACAAAAAUAUCGACCCAAAAGAUAUCUCUUACAACACAAAUGCAAAGAAAAAUAACAAAACUUUCUAAACCUUCAACAACAGAACAAAUAACGUUGAUCUCAACAGCAAAACCAAAAACGGAAAAGCAAACGACAUUGACAAAAAUAACAAAAUCAACAGUACAAAUGCAAAUGCACACGACAUUGACCUCUACAACAAAACCACUAACACAAAUGCACAUGGCACUCACCUCAUCAACACAAACAACACCACAAAAGUACACAACAUUGACCUCUACACCAAAACCAAUAACACAAAAACACACGACACACACCUCAUCAACAAUAUCACCAACACAAAAGCACACGAUAUUGACUUCUACAACAAAACCAACAAUACAAAAGCACACGACAUUGGCCUCUACAACAAAACCACUAACACAAAUGCACAUGGCACUCACCUCAUCAACAAAAACAACACCACAAAAGUACACAACAUUGACCUCUACACCAAAACCAAUAACACCAAAACACACGACACACACCUCAUCAACAAUAUCACCAACACAAAAGCACACGAUAUUGACUUCUACAACAAAACCAACAACACAAAAGCACACGACAUUGACCUCUACAACAAUACCAACAACGCAAAUGCUCACAAAACUAACCUCAUCAACAACACUUACAACACAAAGCCCCAAUACAUUUACCUCUACAACAAAGCCAACAGCACAAAUGCACACGACACGUAUCUCAUCUACAAAACCAACAACACAAAAACAAACGACACUGACAUCAUCAACAAGACCAAUAGCACAAAGGCAUACGACAUCUACAAACAAAGAAAAAUGCAACACGAAGAAAGCGAGUGAGGAAGCGCGUGAAAUGGUAACCAAGGGAUACGCAAGCUGUUUCUGUAUUGUCAACAACAAGAAGGUACAGGUUAUUAAAAAACGACCAGUUGCACAGAAGGAGAAACUGUUUAAAGCGGCCGGGUUUGGGGCAGGCGGGGUUGCAGGUACAAUGGCUGUAGGUGUAGCAGUGUAUAUGAUUGUAAAUAAAGUUCGCCAGCCAAACGAAAAAAAGAAACCUCCGACCACAUGUCCUCGAUUGUCAACAGGAAAUGUACGUCAAAAAACACGCGUUCAUCCUCAGGGACGGACAUGCGCAAGCAAUUAACUUCGGAGAACAACAUCCAAAUGACAUCAGAUAGUUCACACUAAUUGAUUGUGUAUGACAUCUAAAAAAGAUAACUUCAUGUCAGUUAAUGUUCCGACUUUAAAUAACACUAAAUACAGACUUUCAGAAACUUUCCAAAAUUAGUGUUUUCGUUUAUUAUAAAAAUAUGUAAGAUUUAUUGAUAAAUAAUGACAUCAAAAUACUUCAAGUAGAGCAUGUAUGUAAAACUCCAAAUUUCGACAUAUCAUUUUUGUAUUAUUGAUCUUUUCACAGGUUUUGGUCUCGUCAUAUAUAGUGUCAUAUUGAAUGAUGUCUACAAACUUUGUUAACAAUCUGUAUGUUAAAUAUUAGUAAAAAUA